CUUGAUAUUAAUAUUCGGAAAUAUGGGGUUGAUUUGACGAGGUCAGAGAAAGUCAUACCCGGGGCGGCUUAAGUAGAAGGAGGGGCAAGCGUUUGUAUAUAUAUAUAGUUGAUAGCUAUCGACUUCACCAAGAGAGCAACUUAGAUCACGAAGAAACAGAGACUUGUAGAAGAGAUUCUAUACACAGUGCUGAAGGAAGAGCAAAGGCAAAGGAGACUGAGACAAGACAAGACAAGAUAAUUCAGGACAAGAACAUAGCUAGACAUAUAGUUAAACCAUGGUAUCAACAAGAACAUUCUUAGUGGGAUUUGCCUUCUUCAUUUUAGUCGUAGAGUGCACAAGCUAUCAAGUAAAAGGUUGCCGUGAGGACUGGGAUUCGUGCCAGGUCAACGGCGACUGUUGUGGAGCGUCCAUAUGCAUAAUGAACCAAUGUCGAACAUUCUCACUACAAUUCAGAUGCAGAAAUGCAGGGGAAUAUUGCAAGCGCCACAAAGACUGCUGUCUUGGAUACUGCAAACAAGUUACAAUGAUGGCACCAAAGACGUGCGAGAUACCCUCAGAAGAUUUCGGGUUCUAGUUCAGAGUUGGAUCCAUGAAACAACGCAUCGUCUCAAACCUGUCUCACAAGUCGAUUCAACAACGAGAGUGGGGGCAACUCCCAUCGAUGAAUUCCUACACCAGUGGAUGAAAAAGACUUCGUUCUUUUUGGGUUAAGACUUUGACAUUCUUUGACAUUGGGUUCCGAUUCUCAGCAGGUCUGGUGAAUCUUCACAACUUGCGCGGUCUGCUUAACUUUUACUUUGUUGAACAGACAAAUCCCUAUUUAUUGAUCUGUUAGGUGCAAACUCGUUAAGAGCAAUUGGUACCGCUGUCGCAUAACACAUAAAUCAUAUAUCCUAUCUAAUUUAUUGAAAACAUUCCUAUUUAUGAAUAAAGUUCUGUUUAUGUUUUGUUAA